GAGGAUCGAGCAGAUGAAGAAGACCAUCGUAAUCUACCCGCAGCCGCAGCUCGUGGGGAGGGCAGACGAGCGUCCGGACCCCUGCACCAUCGAGCCGGACGAGAACGGCUGGACGAACUUGCAGCUGCCGGUGCUGAUCAUCUUCGAUCAGUGCAAGCAGCUGGGGCCCCUGCUGGUGGACGCGGAGAACAGCAAGAUCAGCAACAAGCAGCUCAAGCAGCUGGUCCUCGACCUCCAGCGCUCCGGCCACAUCCGCCGCCUCGUGCGCCUCAACCUCGGAGACAACGACCUGCGCUGGGAGCGCGAGCUGGUGGGAGUGAUCGUGACGCUGCUCAAGGAGGCGAAGGAGCUUGAGGUGCUGGACCUCACGGGAGCUCACUUGACGGAGGCGGACAAGAAGGAGCUCGCGGCUGAGCUGAAGAAGCAGGAGAUUGACCCGUCCAAAAUCACCUACAUCAAAGACCUCUCUUCCGUGUACAGUCACGGGCCCAGCAGCGGUCACCUCAUGUCUGCCAUCGGCACCAGCGUCCGAGCAACUCACACUCACAUCGGAAGGAAGCAGCUCAACAUGCGGGUCGAUCGCGCGCGGUCGCGGGUGGAGGACGAGAGGAAGGGGAUAGAGAAGUACAUCUCCUCCGGUCCGUCCGCGUCAUCCAAGCAUGUAACGUAUGAGGAGGUCGCGAUCUAA